GUAUUGAUGAAUGUAAUUUUAUCGUUAGAAAUAAAUCUUUCGUUAUCGCGAUACCUUGUCGAUGAAAACUACUGGGUAUAAGCAAUUUUACAUUUGUUAUUCAGAUUGUUUAUUCGUUAUUAAUAAAUAUUUAAAAGUGAAUACUUUCAUUUAAAUUAUAUGGUUACUUCUACUUUUGGAACAAAGUAGUUAAAUUAUAUCACAAGAUAUGCCUCCGAUAAUUUGUUUACCAAUUUUGUUGAUUCUUACAACGCCCCGUCAUCCAGCACCGUCUGUAUAUUAUUCAAACGAAGAGCUCAAUUCACCAGACGUUAACGAUUAUGUAGAUAACGAUAAUUUAAUAGAGAUGAAUUCUGACCCUAUUGAGUCAAGUAAUUUGAUGAAAUUUGAUAGUCCUCUUAGAAAUCACGUAAAUUGGCAUUUACGAAAGAGUAAUUCGGAUGAAUCAAUUAAAACACCCAAUUAUCGUUCAUUAAAUUCUUAUCAUAAAAAUCGUAAUUCACCCCAAAAAAUUAUAAUACAUCCGUUAAUUCCAAAUAUAAAUGCAUAUUUGCAAAAAUACAAAAUUAAUUCAUUAACUCAUCAUCGCCCAGCUUCCAAGGAUCGACAAUCAAUAAAAAUACGUCCUCAUAAAUUUUCAUCACUUCGACCACAAAUGAAAGAUGGUGUAAAAAAAGGAAAAACUUAUACUUAUUCAUACAGCGAUGGACACGGUAAGAAUUUGAACAUUAAUGUUCACCGUCGAAAAAAUCUUACUAAAAGCACAGCUUCCAAAGACAAUGACGACAGUAAAUUUCAAAACGGUUCAAGCGAAGAUAUUCGUAAUAAUAAUGAUCAUACAGACAUUUCAGAAUCGUUUGAAAAUUAAAAAAAUUCAAACAUAAUUUUAAAAUAUUUACUUUCUAACUUUACAUUUGCAUUAUCAAAACAUUAGUAUCGAAAAUGGAUGUUAAUAAAUGA